AUGAAGCUGCUCUUUGACCCGGACCAAGACAGACCCUUCUUCAUCCCCGAAAAUAUCGAGGUCGAGAAAGCAAAGCUCCCCAAAGAUGUGACGGAGGUUGCAAGCGACUAUAUGCGGGUCAUGUUUCAGCAUGCUAUAGAGGAGAUCGAGUCGAAUACUCUAAAUCCAGAAUUUUUGAACUCUUUCACCAAGCAGUACGUUCUUACGGUCCCAGGUGUAUGGUCUGACAAAGCUAAGGAUAUGACUUUGAAGGCUGCCACGAUGGCUGGUAUUUCACCGGUCGAGUUGAUUACCGAGCCAGAAGCUGGCGCUCUGUAUACGUUGGCGUCGAUGAAGAGACAAGGAUUGCAGUUAGAUGAUGCUAUCCUGAUUUGUGAUGCAGGAGGAGGUACUGUGGAUUUGAUCUCUUAUGAGAUCCUCAGCCUGAAACCAUUCGAGGUCAAGGCUUUGACGAAGCCCUCAGGAGGCAUUGCGGGGAGUACCAUGAUCAACAAGCUUCUGGAGGAGGAAAUCAGGAAAGCAGUCGGCGACGAAGCCUACAUCAAACUCAAAGAGACUGAUGGAUACCGCGCUGCUUUGAAGGAGUUUGACGUUGCCAUCAAGGUCUCAUUUGAAGGCAAGAACGACCGAGACAAGUUCAUCAGCUUUCCCAUGGCCAACCUCAAGGACAACCCUCGGCACGGUCUAGUCAAGAAUUCCAUGGCGCGUUCUGGUGCAACUAUCUUCAGACUCUUUGAUCCGAUCGUCCGCGAAGUCGAUCGCCUAAUUACUGAGCAGGUCCAGAACGUAAAGCUCCAGCGUCUGCAGGCCACUCCGAGCAACCCGGACGGCCUCAAGGCAAUAUUUCUUAUUUGUGGCUUCGGAGCCAGCGGGUAUUUGAAGGAAAUCAUCAAGAAGUCGAACCCAAAUAUCAUGGUCAUCCAGCCGAGGGAAGCGUGGUCCGCAAUCAUCAGGGGAGCUGUUAUGAGCAAAUUACCGAUGGCAGCCGCCCCUUCUGUGGUUUCGACCAAGGCUUCAAAGCACUACGGCACAUGCAUGUCCUCCAAGUACGAUCCCAUAAGAGACAAGGGCUUUCCAACAUACAAGGGUAAAUGGGAUGAAGUCACCUUAUGCAAAGUCAUGUCUUGGUUCAUCUUCAUGAACGAUGAACUGGAGCGUGGGAAGAAGACAAAGCUCGGGUUGCACCGUUACUUUCCUGGUCAUCAUCCUUCCGGACAUGAUUUGAUCGUCAAGAAUCAGCUUUAUGAGUGUACAGUCUCCGAUGCGCCAGAUCAUCCCACUAGUGAAGGUGAGACGCUGGUCGACUCCUCAAGCCCUGCCCUCGAGAAAGCCUCUUCCAAGGUUAGGAACUAUUUUGACUAA